AUGGGAGAGUCGUGUGAUGCGCACCGCUGUUCCGGCGAUGAGGGAGGCAGGGAUGAAGGCUGCAACAAGGAGAGAGGAGGGAGAACACAGGAGGAGGACGGAGAAGUCAAGGUAAGGACACUGGCUGCUGAAGCUGGUGCAAAGAUGUACAAAAAAGACCGUGAACAGAGCAUAUUUAGUGUCAAGGACAUCACUCCUGAAGACGAAGAAGAAAGGGCAUCUAAAAACACACAGCUUAAGAAAAGUUUCCUGGAGGAGAAGAUGGAGGUAUUCCAGGGCUGUCUGCAUAACUACAAAUAUCAGAUCCACCUGAUCAUUCGUCUGGUUUUAACAGCAGGCUUUGUUGCCAUGGUGAUAGCGGCAUGUGUUCUUAACUUCAACCGGGCCAUAGAGCUGCUGGUCAUCUCCUUGGUAACCUUGUUCUUCCUGGUGUGGGAUUGGACGAUGGAACGCUAUGGCAACAGUGUGUGGGAGGAGCUCUAUCCUAUCAGAAACUGUCUCCGCAAAAAUUGGUUCUGGAUCAAACGGAUAAUAUAUGUGUCACUGCUAAUGACUGUGGUGUGUUGGCUCGUCCUGGACACAGCCAAGCGGGGAACCAGACAGCUUAUGUCUUUUUGUGGUCUGCUGGUUUUGGUUUUCUUAAUGUUGUUGUUCUCCAAGCACCCAUUCAAGUGGCCUGUGCAGACUUUGUUGUGUGGAGUUGGGCUGCAGUUUGUCUUCGGUCUGUUGGUUCUUAGGACCUCAUUUGGCUUAGAUGCGCUGAGGUGGCUUGGGAAAAAAGUGGAGAUUUUCAUGUCAUAUGCAGAUGUCGGAGCUGAGUUUGUGUUUGGACCUAAAUACGUAGAUCACUUUUUUGUAUUUAAGGUGAUGCCUAUACUAGUGUUUUUAAGCACAGUCAUUUCCAUCCUCUUCUACAUCGGCUUAAUGCCCUGGCUCAUUCGUAAGAUCGGCUUCAUUAUGCAGGUUACAAUGGGAACAUCUCCAACAGAGUCAAUGGCUGCAGCUGGAAAUAUAUUCUUGGGGCAGACAGAAUCCCUCCUCCUGAUCCGUCCAUUUAUCAGCAGAUUAACUUGCUCUGAGAUUCAUGCUGUGAUAACAGGAGGUUUGGCCAGCAUUUCUGGGUCCAUUUUGGGAGCGUUUAUCUCCUUUGGGGUUGAGCCAUCACAUUUGUUGACAGCGACACUGAUGUCAGCUCCAGCAUCAUUGGCUGUUGCCAAGAUCUUCUGGCCUGAAACUGAGACCCCUAGUGUAACAACAGAUGAAAACCUCGAAAUGGACAAAGGAAAGAGUACCAGUGUACUGGAAGCUGCAUCCAGAGGUGCAUCCAAUGCAGUGGAUAUAGUGGCCAACAUUGUCGUCCACCUCAUCUCCUUCUUGGCGCUGCUGGCCUUUGUAGAUGCUCUCUUGUCCUGGCUCGGCGAGAUGUUGGACUGUCCUGAGUUAAGCUUCUCGCUUAUCUGCUCCUAUGUCUUCAUGCCUCUGUCCUUUGUAAUGGGUGUUUCCUGGGAAGACAGCUUCAUCGUUGGGGAACUGAUUGGUAUUAAGACGUUCGUCAAUGAGUUUGUGGCCUAUCAGAAAAUGUCAGAGCUCAUCAAGAGGCGAAAAGCAGGAGGACCUGAGUAUGUGGGCAAUGUAAAGCAGUAUAUCUCUGUUCACUCUGAAGCUAUUGCAACCUAUGCUCUCUGUGGAUUUUCCAACAUUGCUUCAGUGGGAAUGGUGAUUGGAGUAAUGUCCUCCAUUGCUCCAGAAAGACGGGCUGACUUCUCCAGUUGUGGCUUCAGAGCUCUGAUCGCAGGCAGCGUUUCCUGUUUCAUGACAGCUUGUAUUGCCGGUAUGUUGUACAUUCCUGAUGUGCAAUGCCCACAUUUCCUGAGCUCAGCAUUCAACAACACCAAUGUGACCGUCAGUGCACAACUAGUCACCUGCUGCACACAACUAUUUGACAGUGUGACAGUGUUUGAGCCAUGGAACGUGACGAUCGGUGAAGGAUUCAUUCAGAGUAGUCUUCAGGGCUGCUGCACACUCACAACCCCUACACACUUCAAUUGUACCUUAGAGUAGUGAAUUGAUGAGGAAGGUCACUCAAGGAGUUUUAAUUUACUGCACUAGGCC